AUGGCAGUGGGAGACGACUUCGACAUCCCAGAUACAGGGGCAGUUUUUACAUUUGGAAAAAGUAGAUUUGCGGACAAUGUGCCGUCAAAGUUCUGGAUCAAGAAUGAUGUUGUUGUGGAAAUUGCUUGUGGAGAUGAACACACUGCUGUUAUCACAGAAACCGGUAGAUUAUUUAUGAUAGGGAGUAAUGAUAUGGGACAGCUGGGCCUUGGUUCGACAAAGACUGUUCACAAACCAUCUUGUGUUAAAGCUCUAAAGCCAGAGAAGGCAUUACAUGUAGCAUGUGGACGUGCACACACACUAGUGGCCUGUGGUUCAGGCAAAGUGUACUGCUGGGGCUUCAAUGGCGAUGGCCAACUGGGCACGAACGACCAGAGUGACCGCCAGUCCCCUGUUCUUGUGAUGAGCCUGGAAAACCCCCCGAUUGCUGUGGCUGCUGGUAGUGCCCAUUCUGUGGUACUUGCAGACACAGGGGAAUUGUAUGUGUGGGGAAGUAACACAGAAGGGCAGUUAGGCCUGGAUUCUGAAGAAGUUUUUAUGCCAACUCUUCUCACACUACCAGAACAUGUAGUGGGCAUUGCUUGUGGAUAUUAUCACACUGUGGCUAUUACAGAGUCAGGGGAAGCCUAUACUUGGGGAGACACAGAUCACGGAAAGCUUGGACUGGCAGAAGACCAACUACUGUCCCAUAGACAGCCUCAGCCUGUCAUAUUGCCCGAGAAGAUUGUCCAAGUUGCUGCAGGCAGUGCACAUACACUUUUCUUGUCAGAGAGUGGUGCUGUUUAUUCUUGUGGAUUAGGCAGCAGUGGAGAACUGGGCCAGGGUGGUGGGAGGCUAGAAUCUUGGGUCCCUCAGCUUGUGAACGAGCCCUCUUCACACACGGUGGUUUCCAUAUCGGCUGGAGGCAACCAUUCAGCUGCAAUUACAGACUGUGGUUACUUGCUGUCUUGGGGUUGUGGUCGGCAUGGGAAGCUGUGUCAGGGAGAAGAAAAUUUUGCCUCACAGUUUAGUCCAAUAGUAGUUCGUCGUUUAAGACACAUUUCUGUGAUACUGGUUGGUUGUGGAGGCUGUCACACAAUGGUUCUGGGCUACAGGCGCGUGGAAGCAGGGGAAGCUACUGUAGAAGAUGAAAACAAUGAAGUACCAGAGCAAAAUACCACCAGCAGUGCUCGGGCAAGACGGAGACUUGGAGACGGUGUAUUGCCCCCACUGAAGUCAGCUGGUCUGCCACCCAUCAAACACACAGUUCUUCCAACAGUACCCGAUACAGAGGCUGUGGUUGAGCAGUAUGAGGAGCAGGACCAACCAGAUGAAGGAGAGCCACAUAUUGUGAAAGUAAAUGCAGAUGAUGCUUUUAAUGGUAUGUCAGCUGAGGAAUCAGACACUCAAAGUGAAGAGAAAGAAGACGAAUCAGACACAGUUGAGGAAGAUGAAUCAAAGAAGCAGAAUCAACCUGAAAAGAAAGGAAAUCGUCUCACGCGUUUCUUUAGCGGACUGGGAAGAAAGAAAAAUACACCAUCCAUAAAAGACUCAGAUGAUGCAGAUGUAGAGAGUCCUACUGUGCCCGUCUCACCUGAAUCGGGGGAACACCUAGUGGAGGAAGAUGCUGAAUUAGAGUCAAUAGAAGGAACAAACAAUGAAGAGACAGUAGCGGUAGAAGCGCCAAUAGAAGCCUUCACAACAGAUGUGAAAUCUCGAGAUGAAGAAAUUAAUUCUUCACUCUCAGGGAGCAAAUCAGACCAUAAGCGGUCAAAAGCAUGUGUGAUUAUCUAGACUUGAAAAGAGGAGGACCUCGUGCCAAGCACAAUCAACAGAUCAGUCACCGGGAAUUUUUCGGAAGAAGCCUUUCUGCACGUUGAUGGCCUAACAGGCCUGGACAGAUUGAACAAAGUUACUGCACAUAUAUGAGAUGGUAGUUAAGAAAAAUGUGUAAGUCCAAAUCACUUUAAACAUGCAAUAUGACUAUGCUGUUACUUGUGAUAUAUUAAUUUGCAAUGCUUUAUUAUGGGUC